AUGAAACCGCCAUCCUUCAAAGAAGGAAUAGAACCAAUGAAAGCUGAGGCGUGGGUGUUGGGAAUAGAGAAGUUAUUCGAAGUCUUUCCCUGCACGGAAGCUCAAAAGGUGCAACUGGCUGCCUUCACUCUUGAGGAUGAGGCACGUAGAUGGUGGAUGCUUACGAGAACUAUACACCAAGGAUUGACGUGGGACAAAUUCUUGGAAUUGUUUUAUGAUAAGUACUUCCCUCAAAGCAUGCGGGAUAAGAAGGUAACAGAAUUCAAAACUCUCAGACAAGGGAACAAAACCGUCACCGAAUACGAAGCCCAAUUUGCAGAAUUAGCUCGGUUUGCACCUCAUAUGGUGGACACAGAUUAUAAGAAGGCGCGUAAAUUUGAAUGGGGGAUUGCAGAGCGCUAUCCUGGAUAA